AUCCCUAAACACACACAAAUCAAUCUCAAACCUUUCACUACAAGAUCCAACGGUUGAAAAGUGUGGAACACUCGUGCUUAUCACUCACCACCAUCUUUCUUCACACUCAUUUCACUUCUCAGUACUGUUUCUGUUUCUCUCCUAACAUGAACCAAAACAUCAUCAUCGAUCUUCAACGUUGUUGUUCCUUUUCACUUUGAACAACAUUGAUCUUUGUUUCAAUUCCAACCCAUUAACAUAAUCAUAAAACCCAUCAAGAAAAACAUAAUUUUUUUCAUCUUCAAACGUUAAUUCUCAGCUGGGUUGUAAAAAAAUCCAACUUUAUUUCUUAAAGGUGUUGAACUUGUUGAAGUGAAGUUUCUUUGAUUUUGUGUUUGUGUUUUUCUAAUGGUAAGUGAUAAUUACCAGAAGAUGAUGUCUGAUGUCGCUGUUCGAUCGAUGGUGAAAAACGGUGAUUUCGCUGAAGAUUUAGCUGUUUUAAGGCGGCAACAACAAGAGGUGAAUGAAAGAGACAGGGAAGUUGCAAGGUUGAGAAGUGGGUCGGCACCUCCUACUGUUGAAGGGUCUAUGACGGCGUUUGGUGGUUUAUACGGUGGUUCUCAGGUAAGUUAUGGCGGUGGAGGUGGUGGUGGAGGUGGGAGGGGUUUUGGCAGUGAAGAAGAGAUUCGUGCUGAUCCAUCUUAUGUGAAUUAUUAUUAUCAGAAUGCGAAUCUGAAUCCUAGGCUGCCUCCACCGUUGGUGUCGAAGGAGGAUUGGCGGUUUUCGCAGCGGAUGAAAGGUGGUUUGAAGGUUGGAGGGAUUGGAGAUCGGAGGAGGUUGAAUGGUGAAGGUGGUGAUGAGGGUGGAGAUGGUGAAAGGUCUGUUUUUUCUGGACAGGGUGGUGUGUUUAAUGGGAAGGAGGAUGGUGUUGAAUGGGGCGGCGAUGAUGGCUUGAUCGGCUUGCCAGCAUUGGGGCUUGGGAGUAGGCAGAGGAGCAUUGCUGAGAUAUUUCAGCAGGACGAAAUGAAUAGUGCUGCAUCUGCCUCCAAGCAUCCUCAUCAUCUGCCUGGCCGUAAUGUGUUCGAUGACAUUGCUGAAAAACCGGAAAACCAUUUUGCUUAUCUGCAUCAAGAUUUGGAAGAUUUGCAGUCUGGUGGAAAUCUUGAUGGUUUGGCAUCUCAGUCUUACGCUUCAGCUUUAGGAUCCUCCUUGUCAAGGAGCGGCACCCCUGACGCUCAAUUUGUACCAAGAGUUUCCAGCCCUUCUAUUCCACCCAUUGGCGAGGGUAGGUCCAACGCUGCAGACAAACGAAGUUUCAAUGGCCAAAACUCAUUUAAUGGCGUCUCGUCUAAUUUAAAUGAGCCUGCGGAUCUCGUAUCUGCUUUGGCUGGCAUGAAUCUGUCUCAAAAUGAUGCAAUAGAUGAUGAGAAACGUCCCCCGUCAGAUUACACUCAUAAUGCUAAGCAGUACCAAUACUUAAACAAGUCUGAUUCUCUACCUUAUCUGCGCCAUUCUGUGAACAAUCCCUAUUUGAAAGCGAGUAAAAGUAGCGCCAGUUUUGGAUUGGAUAUGAAUGAUUCUAUGUUGUACGCAACUGAACAGCUAGAAUCUCGUAAGGCUGGUGGAUAUUCUGAUAACUCGCAUUUCAAAGGAUCUACACCAACUUUUACUGGAAGAGGUGGUUCGCCUGCUCAUUAUCAGAACGUCGAUGAUACACAUAUCUCGCACGCCAACUAUAACAUGGCUGGGUUUGCUGUUAACCCUUCAUCACCACCGAUGAUGGGAAGCCCACACGGGAGUGCAAAUUUGCCUCAUUUCUUUGAACAUGCUGCUCCAUCGUCUCCGCUUGGAAUGAAUGCCAUGGACUCUAGAGGCUUGGCAAGAGGCGCAAAUUUAGGACCUUUGUUGGCUGCGUCAGAGUUACAGAAUGCAAGCAGGUUGGGAAAUCAUGCUGCAGGUAGCACUCAUCAGCUUCCCUUGAUUGAUCCUUUGUAUCUUCAAUAUCUGAGAUCAGGCGAAGUUGCUGCUGCACAGAGAAAUAAUUCAAUUACUGAUUUACUUGGCCUCCAAAAAGCUUAUAUAGAGUCAUUAAUUGCUCAGCAAAAAGCACAGUUUUCUGUCCCCUACUUAGGUAAAUCAGCUAGCAUGAACCAUAAUUCUUAUGGAAAUCCAUCAUAUGGUCAUGGCAUGUCGUAUCCAGGAAGUCCACUGGCUGGUUCUCCCUUCCCAAGCUCCAUGUAUGGGCCAGGUAGUCCUAUGAGCCAAAGUGAGCGGAAUAUGCGUUUGGCUGCUGGGAUGAGGAAUGUUGCCGGAGUUUUCACGGGAGCUUGGCAUUCUGACGCUGUUAGUAGUUUGGAUGAGAACUUUCCUUCUUCGUUGCUUGAUGAAUUCAAAAGCAAUAAAACCAAAUGUUUUGAACUUUCAGAAAUUGCUGGGCAUGUUGUUGAGUUCAGUGCUGAUCAGUAUGGAAGCCGUUUUAUCCAACAGAAACUUGAGACAGCUUCAAUGGAAGAGAAAACAAUGGUUUUCAAUGAAAUUAUGCCAAAAGCACUUACUCUUAUGACUGAUGUCUUCGGUAAUUAUGUGGUUCAGAAGUUUUUUGAGCAUGGAACAGCGGAACAAAUAAGAGAACUGGCUGAUCAGCUUACUGGUCAUGUGCUGACCCUAAGUCUUCAAAUGUAUGGCUGCCGAGUUAUCCAAAAGGCUAUUGAAGUAGUUAAUUUAGAUCAAAAGACUAAAAUGGUUACGGAGCUGGAUGGUCAUAUUAUGCGAUGCGUGCGUGAUCAGAAUGGAAACCAUGUCAUCCAGAAGUGUAUUGAAUGUGUACCUGAGGAUGAAAUCAAGUUUAUCGUUUCAACGUUUUAUGACCAAGUUGUGACGUUGUCAACUCAUCCAUAUGGUUGCCGUGUUAUACAGAGAGUCUUGGAGUACUGCCAUGAUCCUAAAACUCAACAGAUUAUGAUGGAUGAGAUUUUGCAGUGUGUUUCCAUGCUAGCUCAAGAUCAAUAUGGGAACUAUGUUGUACAGCAUGUGCUGGAGCAUGGAAAGCCACAUGAACGUACCGCGAUAAUAAAGGAAUUCACUGGGCAGAUAGUGCAGAUGAGCCAGCAGAAGUUUGCUUCUAAUGUUAUAGAAAAGUGUCUCUCUUUUGGAACACCUACGGAGCGUCAAGUCCUUGUGAAUGAGAUGAUUGGUUCUACUGAUGACAAUGAGCCUCUACAGGUUAUGAUGAAGGAUCAGUUUGCAAACUAUGUUGUACAGAAAGUUCUGGAAACCUGUGAUGACCAGCAACUUGAGCUGAUUCUUAAUAGAAUAAAGGUUCACCUGAAUGCCUUGAAGAAGUAUACCUAUGGGAAGCACAUUGUUGCUCGCGUGGAGAAAUUGGUUGCUGCUGGAGAGAGGAGGAUUAGUUUUCUGACACUAAACCAUGCUGCACCACAGAUGGUAUAGAAAGUUAUGUUAUGUACAGCUAACUGAGAGGAUAGUACAAGUGAAGUGGCCAAAUCCUUUUUCUUUUGUUUUCUUCAUAUGAUGAUAUCUCUAGUACUGAUAAUGGCACUGUCUAUAUUCAAAUAGACAGGUGAGUAAUAAAUGGUUAGUUGUAUGUACUUAAAACUGUACAUUUUGUUAGUUUUGAGGAUUAGAAUCAGAUUAGCUGAGGCUGAAACUUCAGGUUCAGUUAGUAAAUGUUUUCCAUAUAUGAUGUUUAUGAGCUAGUUUUAAUGUUGUACAGAGAAGUGUUUGACUGUACAAAUUUUACUAGGUAAUAUCAUAGGACAAAUCUCUUGUAUUCCGGAUGCAAACAUGUUUUUAUGAGCUAAACUUUUUUGACCUUUUUAA